GGGGCGCGGCCCGGCCCGGGCGGGGAGGGGGGGCGUGGCGUACGGCGGCCGGGAGGGCGGCGGCCGCGGCGGGAUGGAGUCGGUGGUCUUCAUCUUCUCGCUGAUUGAUUGCUGUGCCCUCAUCUUCCUCUCUGUCUACUUCAUAAUUACACUGUCAGAUUUGGAAUGUGACUACAUUAACGCUAGAUCAUGCUGCUCAAAACUCAAUAAAUGGGUGGUCCCUGAGGUGAUUGGCCAUGCUGUUGUAACUGUAUUAAUGCUUAUUUCAUUGCACUGGUUCAUCUUUCUCCUUAAUUUGCCAGUAGCAACAUGGAAUAUAUAUAGGUACAUCAUGGUUCCAAGUGGAAACAUGGGGGUAUUUGAUCCCACAGAGAUCCAUAACCGAGGACAACUGAAAUCACACAUGAAGGAAGCCAUGAUUAAACUAGGCUUUCAUCUGCUCUGUUUCUUCAUGUACCUUUACAGUAUUAAACAGCAGAGCACCUCCUGGUUCUAAAGAGAAAGAACACGGUCAACAGAGUGACACCAAGAACUGUUUCCUGGGAUCAGCUGCAAGGGAUUUGGUGACUCUCAGCCAGCCUGCAGCUUUGAAGGUUCUGUUAGCUAGAAAAGCUAAAUUCUUCAAAAGAAAGCAGGCUAAGAAUAAUCUUCAAAGCACACUGAAAAAGAGGCAAACAAAUGGACCUCCUCAAGUCCCCUUUUCCAUUCUAAUUAUUAUUCCUGGAAUGCAUUAGACACUGCUGUGUCUGUAGCUAAACUGAUCUGCAAGGAAACAGAGUCAUGUCUGACAUCAUCUCACAUCCUGGAGCGCGCCUGCAACUGAUGUGUUUCUUUUUACAUCAGGAUUAAGUAGCCUGUCACUUCUGUAUCACGUUUGCUAUUCCUCUUCUAAUGAUAGUACUUUGUGGCUAUUGCUAUCUCUCAUACUUCUCUGCAAAUACAGCAAAACUGCUAUAUCAUGUUUUGCUCUAGACCAGCAGUCAAUGAUAUUUCAGGAAAACAGCCCCAAGUUUAGUCAAUCUGCUUCCCACCCACCACCAAAAGAAAUACCAGCACUUCUGUCCCUUACAUCUAGCUUCCCAGAUUUUUGUUAUGUAGAAGAACGAACUAUUCAGGUAUCAACUUAACUCUGUAGUAGUUGAGAUCCCUGGCUGAAAAGCCAAAAACCUGUCAACAGUUUUUAGGAAGUGCAGAAAAAAAAGGAAGGUUUCUGUAACGAACAAGUUGGAGAGCUCUAUCCAAGAAGACGUGUGCCAGACAAGGUGAUGCGCCUACUGUGCUUAUCCUUUGUGCUCUAGAGAUUCUGCCAUGCUUAGUAACAGUCAAAUAAUGUCUUCCACACAGACAUCCUAGUUCACUCAAGACAUUAAGUAAUGCUGCUCAGUCUGCGUAAGAACUUCAAAACGAACAAAUGAAAAUGAAAAACAGAAGCAUGGGUUAAGGCAGCUCAGACAUGUAGCUGUGUCUUAGAAAAGAAAUAAGAAAUUCAUGGUAUGAAACGAAGAAGAGACAUGGAAGCAAUGUCAUUACACAUCAAGAGGGGUGAUGAAGAAAAGAAAGGGAGAAAUGAAGGGUUCUCACACACAUGAAGUAUGCGUGGAAAAAGAAAUAUAACACUGUUAAUUUAAAACAGUGUUCUCCCAUGGCUUGUCCACACAGAGUUGGAUGGAUGUUUCCCUGUAGUUUAUACAUAUAGACUAGAAUAAUUCUAUAUACCUAAAACUUUGAAAACCUGAUUAAACUUAUGGUUCAAAAGGCACUGUCAACUGCUACAGGAAAUGUGAGAAGCGUGCUCUGGCAAAUAUGAAAAUGAACUAUUUAAGUUAUGUGGCAUAAUGUUAUUGAGGUAUCUAGUUCCUUGAAAGGGUUUACUUUUUUUUUUUUAAAGUACUCAAAUACAGAAGAUAAAACUCUAUAGAAAGCUGCUUUCCCACUAUUUAUUAGAGAUUUUGUUCCUUUAGUAACCCUCGGCCAAGAAGGUUAGUCUAAACACUCACCAGAUAUUUGCUAACAAUUCACUAUAAAAUGUGCUAAUCAAGAUGUUGGGUAUUAAAACCCACCAAUAUAAAAGGAAGAUGGGCCUCUACAAUCAAGUGACAAGUCAACUGCAAAAAAGAUUUGAUCCUUAAUUUACUUAGAGAAUUACUUUGGUAAAAAACAAACAAAAACAACCCCACAAAAAAUACAGAUCAUUUCCUAACUAAAUAACAGAAGUCAGAUUAUGCCAUUAUGCAUCUCUUGGCCCAGAGCACACUGGCCCCAGUAACAAACAAACCGCAACGGUUUAUGCCUGAAAAUCCAUAGCACUUGCUCACAGGCUAUGUAACAGCUAUGCACACAGAACAGGGUUUUAAGUUCUCCCAUCUUCUUAACAGCAAAAAGGACCCAAAUUAUAUGGCUUCCUAACCUGUAGUGGAAGGAAUGGAUUAAAUUCAGCUCUCAAAUCCUACUGAAAGCCAGUAUGGAAUUGCAAAAACGUUUCAUCUUCCACUUAGCAUACCAGUUGGUAGGUUAAAAACUGUACGAUUCUUACUUCUGAUAGUGUUUUACAAGCGUUAACAACUUCAAAUACUGUGUGCGUAUGUUCGAGUUUAUUCAGUUUUCAAGUGUUAUGAAAUACAUGGACAUACUUUCAUAUCACUUCCACAAAUCAAUUAAAACAGUCUUAGAUUCACUGCUCAAUCUUUUUAUUUACGUAACAAUACAUAAAUCUUGUAGAUGUAGGAUAUUUCAUAUAAGAGAAACAGUGCCACAUAUUAGUAUCAAAUCCUAAAACCACAGUCUGUAAGAAAACGGAUGGGUAUACUUCCACAUGUCAGUGAAUUCUGACAAGUGUUUAAAUCCUCGCCUCAAGCCAAGGCAAAUCUUACAAC